CUUCGGGAUGCGGAUCAGCUGUUUGGAUCUACAGGAUGCGGAUCAGCUGUUUGGCUCUCCGGGGAUGCGGAUCAGCUGUUUCUGUCUGACUCUUGUUUCUUGUCUCGGCUGCUUCUGUCUGUCAGAUCCAACAUGGCGGCCUCCGCGGCUUCACGUGAGCUGUUCACGGACGGAGUGAGAGCGGUUCUUCACAGCUGGCCGGUCCUGCAGAUCGCGGUGGAUAAUGGGUUUGGGGGCGUGUACGGGCAGCAGAAAGCUGAUUGGCUGGUGGAUGUGGUCCAGCAGUAUUUCCAUGACAACGCUGACCUGCAGCAGUAUGAGGUCGAGGACUAUAUCUCUCAACUGAUGGAUCAGGAGUUUGAUACAGUGGUGGAUGAUGGAAGUUUACCUCAGGUGUCCAAGAAUCUGAUGCAGAUGUUCUGUCAGUGGAAGCAGGGGGCGCUGCAGCAGCUCUCACAAACUGUCCAAUCACUAACACAGAAGACGACUCAGAGGGCAAAGGUCACAGCCCCGCCCACCGAGUCUGACGAGGAGAGUGACGACGAAACACAGAUGGAGUGUGAAGCCUCCAGUCCAUCAGUCAGCAGGACAGAGCCUCCUCCUCCUCCUUCUCAGGAUGAAGAGGACGGAUGGACGGUGGUCCGUAAGAAGAAGUGAAGAAGAGGUCAGAGAGGAAAAUGAACUGUUGAACUCAGAGAAUGAACCAGCUGACCUUCAGGAUGGGACUCUGUGUGUGUGUGUGUGUGUGUUUUUUUUAAUGAAAGAAGAUUAUCCUGCAUCCAGCAGGCUCUUCAGCCUCCAUAUUUAUAUAUUAUAUCCAAACUAAGAACACAACAAAACUGUCUGCAGGUCUCUGUGGGCGUCCUUGUCGAGCCCUGAUGACUCGUGUUGAAGUGGACCUUGAUGGGGGGGGAUGUUAUCAAACCAGAUUCACUCUGGUUUCUGUGGUCAUUUUAUAUUAAAGCCGUAGAAGCUAC